AUGAGCGGGGGGACAGGAUCACGAGAGUCGAAAGCGACGGCAGCAGGCAUAGUAGAGCGUGCUGACACGCAACAGAGGGUGAUUCCGGAAUCGAGAAGGGCAGACGGGUCAAUACGAAAAGAGAGAAGAGUCAGGCCUGGCUUCACACCAGUCGAGGACGUGGUGCGCUAUCGGCCCUCUAAGGCGAGGCAAGCUGAUGAAGCGCGCAGGCGAGCCAUCCCAGGACGCGCAGCAUCACCCGUAGCUUCCAUCGGCAGUACGGCUUGCUCACCCCAAGAACCAUCCCCACCCAUCGCAACGACCUCCAAAACGUCCGAUACUGCGCCAACGACACGGCAUUCAGGUGUGGCCAGAUCAUCAAUAGCGUCUGAUGGCAAGAGUCGCGCUCAACAGCCCCGCGGCAAGUUUGCUCCGCUCCAGCAGACAAGUGAAUCCAGGCAACUCAAACUUUCUGCGACAAGAACUGUCGCCGCACCCGAAACCGAUCAUUCGCAGCAAGCAUCCGGAUCUGAAUCCAAGUCGUGGCGCAACUCGCGUCUGCGCAAAACACAGGCCCCAAAGGCCAGUCUGGACGAGGCGACUGCUGUGUCGGUUGCAAGGGAUCAAGACAGAUUAGGAGACGGCUAUGUCGUCGACAGAGAGACAAAGGAUGAGGAUCAGACUACGGCCAAGGGCAAGACAUCGGCAGAAGAUGAUGACUUGGCGUCUCAACUCCACAAUCUGCGCAUAGACCUCACCAAAGAGGCCCAAAAGUGA